UGCCUAUAUUUUUUCAUGCUGUACCGCUCACAAAGGAGCAAUGCUGCGUGGAAGGGCUGUCCCUCCGUAUAGCGCCCCACCAAUUUCUCGGCCACCCCGAUGCAGGGAUUCUAUAAUACCACGAGCGUGCAGCUAUACAGCUGCAGAUCAUAGGAGGCAGCUGCAGAAAGUCGGUGUGGACGCUGAGCAGGCCAGCGUCCACGCUGAGAUGACUACAGCUGCAAGCAAACAAGCAAAGCAGGAGACAACCAGCGAAAUGGCUCCAAGCCUGAGCCUCCUGACACAGAAGACCGAUGUACUGGGAGCAAAAAUGGAGGCCCUGGAGGACUCCCUAGGAUCGAAAUUAUCAAAGCAGGAGAACCUCCUGGUUACAAAAUUGGAUAAGGUCGACGGUGACCUCCAGGCACUGAGCAAGGACCUCCAGGCACUGAGCAAGGACCUCCUCAGUGUGAAGCUAAACACACGGUGGGGUCUAGUGCUCCUGCUGGUGGUCAUAAUGGUGAUGUCUGGAGCAUUUGAUAUCACCAAAACUCUCCUGUGGAAGCUUCUCCAGUUCUAAGAUUUGUACUUGUCCUUGUAAGUUUGCUGUAAAUAUGUAAAAAAGUGUAGACAGAGAAUUAGGGUGCUAUUUUGUAGUUUUAGGCGAGGCACAUGUAAUAGAGACUUCCUUGAGGUGUCGUCAGUCUUUGAGCAUGCGGUCCUAGACUUAAGUUUUACAAACUUCUCUGUCUGCUCGGGUGGUCCGUUGGUGCUAGUGAUCACCUUGAAUUUGGCGGGCUGUACUGCAAAUGCAAGAUACGCCUUCCUGUUUCAUGUAAUGUGUUUUACAUGC